CCAUUUAUGUUAUCGCUCUCUUUGGGCGCCUCUCGUCCCCAUCCCAAUCCCCAUUCCCAUCCCUCGCUCUUGGACGGUUGAAUCGCAUCUCUUAUAAAUCCCCCUCCCACCGAUCAUUACCUGUCAAGAAAGCAAGAAACGGACCUUCUCUUUUUCUUCUUCUUCUUCUUCUUCUUCUUCUUCUUCUGCUGCUGCUGCUGCUGCUGAGAGAGAGAGAGGGUGUGAUUCUCGGGAAGCCAACCUGAUCCGUCCCUUUCUUCCCUUCUCUCUUUUCCUUCCUUUUGGGGGUAGAGAGAGAGAGAGAGAGAGCGUGGGUGUGAAAGGGAUGGAGAUUGAUCGAGCUAUAAAAGAAAGCAGCGAUCGGAGGCUUCAGACCAAGUAUAACAACGCCGUCUACGUGAUUCAGAGAGCUUUCGCGCUCUACGAGUUUGAACAGGUUGCCUUCAGCUUUAAUGGGGGAAAGGACUCAACUGUUUUGCUGCAUUUGCUUCGGGCUGGAUAUUAUCUGCACAAAGAGAAAACAAAUUAUUCCAAUGGGAACCAACCGGACUGCAUGCUGAAAUGUCCAAUUCAAACUAUCUAUUUUGAGAGCCCUUGUGCUUUCCCUGAAAUCAAUUCAUUCACUUAUGAAACUGCUGCUGCUUAUGGCUUGCAACUGGAAAUUAUGCGCUCAGAUUUUAAGUCAGGUUUAGAAUCCUUGCUAAAGGAAAAACCUAUCAAAGCUAUUUUUCUUGGUACCCGAAUUGGUGAUCCUAAUGCGGUUGGUCAGGAACAGUUUUCCCCGAGUUCAACUGGAUGGCCUCCUUUUAUGAGGGUGAAUCCUAUCUUGGAUUGGUCAUACAGGGAUGUGUGGGCUUUCAUUUUAACCUGCAAGGUUAAGUACUGCAGUCUCUAUGAUCAAGGAUAUACUUCCAUUGGGAGCAUUUAUGAUACGGUUCCAAAUGCAUUGUUGAGCUCUGCUGAUUCUUCAAGCAUGAAAGAAAAUUUUAAACCUGCAUAUAUGCUGUCGGAUGGAAGACUAGAAAGGGCUGGGAGAGCAAAGAAGAUUUCCUCAAAGUGUGAAAGCACUCAUGUUCUAAGUAAUGGCAUGAUUAAUACUGGUGCACAUAGAAGCAGCUCUCUUACAGCAUCAAUCAUCGCUGUAGGUGAUGAGAUUCUGUUUGGGACUGCUGAGAACCAAAUAGGAGCAACAUUGUGCAAAAAGCUUUAUGCCAUUGGUUGGCAAGUUACCCACAUAGCUGUUGUUCAGAAUGAUGUUGAUUCUGUUGCUGAAGAAGUUGAACUCCGGAAGUCUAGAGAUGACAUGGUGUUCCUGUUUGGAGGACUGGGCCCUUUGCAUUCGGAUGUUUCAGUAGCAGGCGUUGCAAAGGCAUUUGGAGUUCAUUUGGCCCCUGAUGAAGAGUUUGAGGAGUCCCUUAGGCAUCUUAUAGGAGAUCAUUGCACUGGUGACCAUAAUGAGAUGGCUUUGUUGCCUGAAGGCAUAACUGAGUUACUGCACCAUGAAACACUACCUGUGCCAUUGAUCAAAUGCCGAAAUGUAAUUAUUCUUGCUGCAACAAAUGUCAGUGAACUAGAAAUGCAAUGGGAGUGUCUUCUAGAAUUACCAAGCGUCCCCUUGGUGCGGAUGGCACCAUUCAUAUCAAAGCAUCUUAGCACAACACUUUCUGAUAUUGAAACUGCUCAGGUCAUAUCCAAAUUAUGCAUUGAUUUUCCAGAUAUUUAUAUAGGAUGCCAUCGUAAGUCUAGAGCUGGCCCUCUGAUAAUAAGUUUUGUUGGGAAGGACAAGACAAGGGUAGAACUGGCUGCUGAGAAACUGUCCCGAAGGUUUCAUGCAGGAGCGUUCUGUGGAGUUAGCUGUGGCUGAUACCGAUGUUUGUCUUCAAAUUUUUGCCGGGCAAAGUUUCUGUUCGCCAUCCAAAGGCGGAUGGUGGAAAGAGAAGCCAACCUGUCCUGAGCUCGUGAUUGGAAUAAAGCUGUCCUCCAAGCUCUCAGCCAAACUGCACAUAUAUUUUUGAGGAAAGCAUGUUUCAGUAAUUUUUUCCGUGAGGGAUGAAUUGAACUGCUUGGAGAGCAUCAAAGGUCCGCAACAUUUCCUAAUCAAUUGUAGGCAUGACUAAUAUUUAUGUGUCUAGGAAAUGAGGGAGGUACAGACGCAAAAUUGGUUUUACCGUAAUGACAUGCAGAAUUCAGUCGCCAAUUAAUAAAUGAAGGGAUAUACACAAGCCCUACAAAAGAUGUACGUGGAACGAUUUGUCCUAUAGGUUGUGGUGCACACCAUAGAAUUUGUCGUUGUUAU